CCACGUCAGAGCGUUCUCUGGCGCACUGUAAUUACGUCAGCGUCCAGAAUUCGCUCAUUUGUUUUCAUUCCCUCGUUCUCCAUAUAGGACAAUAUGUUCCAUUCAUAUACAGAGCACAGUUAAUGUUAACGAGUGACUGAUUACGGACGCAGCUAAUGUUCAGCGGAACACAACACCCGAAUUACUGUGGGAACCCCGACAACAGGAGAUGACAAAAGACACAGAAGAUUUGCAUUGAAAAGGACUUUUUUUUUUGCCUGUCCAUGUGCCAAUAAUGCGUCGCCAUUGGUUGCUGAUUGGUGCUUGUGGCUGGGUGCUGCUCAUCCUUAUGUUCGUCAGCAAGUUCAUUAACUUCAGCUUCAGAAUACCAGGUGACUUUGCUGGGAGGACAGACAUGUUUGUUUGGACCAUGCCUUCUGUUACAACAAAACUACCUUCAGUCCAGAGGCCAGACAAGGGAGCAUCACAGCCAUAUAUAUUGUCCUCAGUUAGUCCCUCUGUGGUGGAGUCCAUAGACUGGCAGUCAGUAAAUGAGAAGCGUUUGGAGCUGUUAUCAACUGUUUGCAGAAAUUCAUCUCUUUGGAACCUCACCCACACAAAUGUGCGCAAGUUUGUCUUGGACCGCAUUUUUGUGUGUGACAAGCACAAGAUUCUCUUCUGUCAGACACCCAAAGUUGGAAACACACAGUGGAAGAAGGUUCUAAUUGUCCUAAAUGGAAAGUUCUCAAAGGUUGAAGCUAUACCAGAGAACUUGGUUCAUGACCAUGAAAGAAAUGGUUUGCCUCGCCUGUCCUCUAUGACUGAAGCAGAAAUCCAUCAAAGAUUGAAUUCCUAUUUCAAGUUUUUUAUUGUAAGAGACCCAUUUGAGCGCCUCAUAUCUGCUUUCAAGGACAAGUUUGUGAAGAACCCAAGAUUUGAACCCUGGUACAAACAUGACAUUGCCCCAGCCAUCAUUCGCAAAUAUCGCAAAAGUCACCAUGAUGAUAGUGAAAGUGUGGGUCUUCAGUUUGAAGACUUUGUUCGGUACUUAGGUGACAAGCCAGGACGACAGCACUUGGACAGGCAGUUUGGUGACCACAUUAUUCACUGGCUGACGUAUGCUGAGCUGUGUGCUCCUUGUGAUAUUUCCUACAAUGUUGUGGGACACCAUGAGACUCUGGAGCUUGAUGCUCCUUAUAUUCUAAAAGCUGCUGGUAUUGCUGACCUGGUGUCAUACCCCAAUAUCCCACCAGGGAUAACCCGCUACAACCGCACCAAGGUGGAACGCUAUUUUACUGGAAUCAGCCAACGAGAUGUUCGUCGCCUCUAUGCUCAUUACCAGGGAGACUUCAGCCUGUUUGAUUACCAGAGACCUGCCUUCUUAUUGGACUGAUGUACAGAUUUCCUGAUAUUUUUUAGGCUAUUUUUUAUGGACUUUUUAGCUUACCGAUAAAAUUGUGGAUGCCUCAAAAAUAGUGUUCAAUUGCCUGACCUCCAUGAUGGUGUAUAUAUUGUUCUUUUGCACUGAUCUGAGACAUAAUUAGUUACUUUACACAUAAUAAUAGUAUUUAUGUAUUUACAUGAUGUUUGGAUUUGGCUUGGUCAAGGAUCUGCACAAGAGGGUAACUUCAGCCAUAAAUUACUAGGAUCCAACAGUGCAGCAGUAAAGUUUAUAUUUCCGUUUUGUCUUUAGUUUAUGUUUUGACUACUUUUCAUUGGUUUUAGAGUCUAAGCUUGAUGGUAAUUUCUGUAUUUGCCAUAUAAUGAUUAAUUGCCAUAAUAUUAUUUAGAAAAGUUUUAUGGAUUUCAUUAACUGAUUUUCAGACAUAGUAUAUACUAUUAUAUUAUAUUAUAAAAUAGUAUUUAAAAAGUUAAGUUAAAAUGUUGACAAUAUUUUUUUGACACCUUGCAGGGUUUUUUUUUUUUUUUUUGUAAUACCAGUUUACUUAUGAACUUAUAAUAUUUAAAUCUUUUUAUACUUAAAGUAUGGUAGUACUGAUAGAUCCCAAAAUAGAUUUUAAUAAAUCUUAUAAUAAUUUUGUUUUUAACAAUGUUCAGUUUCAUUUUGGCCUAUCAUAGAUCAGCCUUUAUCUUGAAACUAACCUUAUAUACACUCUGUGUUAAAAUAUCACUUCAAUAUCUCUUCAGAUAUCUUUCUAUUUUGCAAAGCUACCUUUAAAUCAGAUUAUGACUUGCAGAAUAGUUCAAUGCCAUGAUAAAAGCCUUUUUUUUUUUUUUUUUGUGGGUGAAUGUUUAUCCCCUGUAUGAAUAUGUAGAUCAAUAGGAAUGCACUGUUUCAGUGGACAAUUUUGUGCUCAAUAUUUGCAUUUGGUGGCAUUAGAGGAAUAUUCCAGGUUCAAUACAUUAUAAUUUGGGAUAUAGUGAUCUUGGAGGAGAUUUAACAUUCAAAAAUUAAUUAUAAAGUGCAAUUAUGAACUUUUUCCUAUUAAAAAAAAUAAAAAAAUUCAAAGUUGAACUUACAGGUUCUAAAAAAAAAUCCCUUGGUUCCCUUUCAGUCGGUCACUCUUGACGUCAUGUCGGAUGACCGACGAAUAAGAAUCUCGCUAGAGAGGCCAAUCUACUUCAAGUGUAACUAAAAAGAGCCAAUGCACAUUGGCAUGCAAUGAUUUGCAGCAGCUGCUCUGCCUCACAGCGUGGGUAUAUAAUGAGCAGCAGGUGCAUUGCAUCUUUAGUUUUUCGCUUCGGAGCCGAGCGAUCUAUACUCUCUCUACAAGUAGUGUACUAUUGUACAAGUCAGCUCUUCAGGAAGAAGCUUUCUGUUGAGGUGUUGGUGUGAUGGCAUUUACAGCGGGGUUGGUUGUCUUGUUUUCAAUCACAGCUGGUAAGAGUUGUGCUUUCAAAGAGACUUGAGAGCACACUACAGGCUACACUAUUCCCUGUGGUGUUGCCGCGGCUAUUCCCCUGUGUGCUUCAGCACCAAAGACAGCAGAUUCCUGAAAGAGCUUACACGGGUUUGAGCUUGCGUCUUUUUAAAGAUGACAUUCAGCCCUUGUGUUUCUGGAUGCGGUCGUUUCCUGUCCUCACUGAAAUAGCUUGGGUGACUUGAGUGCUGAGGGCUUGUCCUUCGGGGAACCAACCCCAUAGGGACCCAUCCCCUCUAGCGCAUUGCAAGCAGUGCAGCUUCUGGAUGGGAUUGCUGGUCCUUCUCAUGGGGGAACCUAGCGUUUCAUUUGGGGCUCCAGCUGAGGAUCAGAUGUCGAUCGCUGCAUCGGAGGGAGGGCUGUUAUGCUCUGGAAAUGAGGGUGAUGCUGAGCAUCCCACUGUAAUGGUGUGUGCCUAUGCUGACUCAGAUUCAGAGUUCACAGCCAUGCUUUCCUGGGUCUUUUCCGGUUGUGUAUGGAAAACUUGGCAGUAUGGAGCUAUAUUGGUGCCAAAAUAUGGAAUGCCAAAAGUGCCAAAAUCUGCAUAAAGUUUUUUUCCUCUCUCAGUACCCUCAACCAUGGGGUGGCUGUGCGCAGACCACACCCACCCUGCAUGUGAGACCAAGGCACUCGUAAUGCACAAAGGUAGUUCUGAGCUGGGGUUGAGCUGUGCUUGUUGACUAACCGCGAUCAAGGUCACAGCGCAGGCCCUUGGCCAGACAAUGUCCACCUCAGUGGUCCAGAAGCGCCCCCUGGCUUACCUUGCAGAGUUGCGAGAGGUCAUCAAAGUACGCUUUUCUCAAUGCUCCCAUCUCACAAGGUGGCCUUUUCGGUGACACUGUCAAGGACUGAGCCCAGCAGUUCUGCGCAGCCAGGAGCAGACAUGGGAGCUUCCCCCGACGUACCAUCAGAGUUCCUUGUGGGCCGCCCCUUAGUCUGCUUUGUACAGCCUGCUCUAUUUUGUCCACCGCAGGAAGACGAUGCCACACGUCUCUGCUGCUGUUUAAGUGGUUGGUGAAAUAUCACCCCUGAGACGGGCGACCCGGAGAUAGGGGAGGCUGCUCUCCCCCGGAGGAGGGCCGGACAGAGAAUCCUUUGAGUCAAAAUUCUGUUCUGCCACUGGAGUCACAGUGGUACCCAAAUUCUCAAAAAAGAGCAGUUCCUCUAUCUCUGGGCCCCAAGAGGGCACUUCAUCUAGUGGUGAAGAACGCGAUAGAGCCGGUCCCUCUAGCCGAUAUGAGGUCGGGUUUUACAGCCCCUACUUCAUUGUACCCAAGAACAGCAAUGGGCUACGGCCAAUCUUGGACCUGCAAGUGUUGAAUUGGAGCCUUCACAAGCUACCGUUAAAAAUGCUCACCACUGGCUGGGGUGCCACAUACAACAGGCAUGCAGUAUCAGGGGUAUGGAUGGGCCCCCAACUGCAUUGACACAUCAACUGCCUCGAGUCCAGCUGAUUUGGAGAGAGUUCGGGGAGGCUCAGGUAGACCUGUUUGCCUCUUCAGAAACCUCUCACUGCCAGCUGUUUUACUCCCUGUCCGAGGGAACACUCGGCAUGGAUGCACUGGCACACAGCUGGCCCCGGGGGCCAACGCAAAUAUGAGUUUCCCACAGUGAGCCUACUUGCACAGACCCUGUGCAAAAUCAGGGAGGACGAGGAGUAAGUCUUGUUAGUUGCGCCCUAUUGGCCCAACCGGACCUGGUUCCCAGAACUCAUGCUCCUUGUGACAGCCCCUCCCUGGCGCAUUCCUCUGAGGAAGGACCUUCUUUCUCAGAGAUGGGGCACCCUAUGGCACCCGCGUCCAGACCUCUGGAAACUCCAUGUCUGGUCCCUGGACGGGAAGGUUCUAGGUGACUUAACCCCUGAGGUACUUAACAUCAUCACUUCGGCACGAGCACCGUCUAUGAGAUGCGCUUACGCUUUGAAGUGGAACCGGUUCGUCAAAUGGUGUUCUUCUCACUGAGAGGACCCCUAAAGAUGUUUGAUCAGUGCCGUGAUUUCCUUCCUGCAGCAUGGGUUUGAGCGAAGGCUGUCUCCCUUCACCCUCAAAGUGCAUGCUGCUGCAAUAUCUGCAUAUCACAUCCACAUAGAUGCCAAGUCAGUUGGGAAGCACAACCUGGUUGUCAGGUUCCUUAGGGGGCAAGACGGUUGAAUCCUCCUCAACCCCGCUCCAUACCCUUUUGGGAGCUUGCUCUGGUGCUCUGAGUACUUCAGAAUGCUCCCUUUGAGCCCUUGCAGUCAGCAGACUUAAAGAUUCUGUCUAUGAAGACUUUGCUACUGGUUGCAUUAGCCUCUAUCAAGAGGGUAUGGGACCUGCAGGCAUUUUCGGUCAAUGAGUCGUGCCUAGAGUUUGGGCCGGGUGACGGCCAUGUGUCAAGUCAAGUCAAGUCACCUUUAUUUAUAUAGCGCUUUUUACAAUGUAGAUUGUGUCAAAGCAGCUUUACAUUGAUAACUGGUACAUUGUUUGGCUGCACAGCAGCUCUUAAAGAAUAGUGUCAAUGCAGGCAGAUCAAAGCACUGUUGAAUAUCAAAUGUCAAGUGUCCCCAACUAAGCAAGCCAGAGGCGACAGCGGCAAGGAACCCAAACUCCAUCAGGUGACAUCAGGUGGCAGACAAGUGGCAAAUUGGUGUUAAAAUGGAGAAAAAAACCUUGGGAGAAACCAGGCUUAGUCGGGGUGCCAGUUCUCUUCUGGCCAACAGUGCUUUGUUACAAUUCAGGUUGCUAUCAUAAGUCCAAUAGGAUCGCAACAUUAAAAGUAUUUAUUUCAGUUCCAUCCAAUUGAGGAUCGAAUUGAGGAUCACGCCGGUAUGGACGGUUGUUGAGGAACUGUGUCGUGGCUGUCGUGUCGAUGAGGCCCUCACAGUGGAUGAUCAGUGGACUGAGACCCCGGCCCGGCUAUGUACCCUAGGUUCCUAGCACUCCCUUCAGGGACCAGGUGGUGAACCUGCAAGCUCUGUCCCUUGAGAAGGCAGACCCAGCCCUGGCUUUGCUCUGUCUGGUCCACACUCUGUGACUGUACAUAGACAGAAGACAGAGCCUUCGGACCUCAGACCAGCUCUUUCUCUGUUACAGAGGCCAGCAGAAAGGAAAAGGCUGUCUCCAAGCAGAGGUUGGCCCACUGGAUAGUGGAUGCCAUUGCCUUGGCUUACCAAGCACAAGGCGUGCCCUGCCCGCUUAGGUUGCAUGCUCAUUCUACAAGAGGCGCUGCAUCCUCCUGAGCGCUGGCUCGUGGCGCCUCGCUGACAGAUAUUUGUAGAGCUGCAGGCUGGGCGACACCAAACAGAUUCUCGCUAGAUUCUAUAGCCUACGUGAGGAGCCGGUCUCCUGUGUUCUCACCUCAAAUGGGUAGAAGCACUGUGAGGCCCGGCUCAGUGUCGGCUUGCUGCACCAAUUCAUGCGCUGAUUGCUCCAGAAGAGUCCCUUCAGGCAAACCCUGUUGAGUCCUCCAUCACCCUCAGACCUAUAUCCCGCUGAAUCCUUGAGACCCGGGUUUUGGCUGGGUGCCAUAUGUGAGACCCUGCGGGGAUCUCAUAUGUGUAUUUUUCCACAGUUGCUCCUGAACAGAAGCCCAUGUUUUUCCCUUGGGAGAACCCACUUCUUACGAGGUUGGAGUCACCCCAGUAACUUCCAUAUGUAGUACAGUCCUACGGGGUUAGUCCAUAUGUACAUCUCCACAUAACUCAUUCGGGGAAGGAUGUGGCUUCUGCAGCGUUCCUCUUCCAGUAGGAAGGGCAUGCUUUUCCAGUGUUGUCCAGUAGUCUCACUGAGUGGGUUAUGCAGAACAGCAGUGAUUGACAUACUCUGUGUAAGCCCUGUUCGGUCGUCCUAUUAGGCAAGAUGGAGAAGGAGGCUUGCUCAGGGCACUGGAUAUGGGCAGCAGCUGUGGCCCUUUGGUAGGGAUUCCUAUUCGUCAGCCAUCCGACAUGAUGUCGAGAGUGACCGACUGAAAGGGAACAUCUCGGUUACAUAUGGUAACCCUCAUUCCCUGAAGGAGGGAACGGAGAAAACACGUCCUGUCGCCACAACUGCUGUACCCUGCUGCGUGGCCGGAUUACCAAGAUGGCUCGGCUCCUCAGCGAAAACCUAAAGAUGAUAUGCACCUGCUGCUCAUUAUAUACCCACGCUGCGAGGCAGAGCAGCUGCUGCAAAUCAUUGCAUGUGCAUUGGCUCAUUUUAUACACUCGAAGUAGAUUCGUUGGUCAUCCCUAUGUGACAUCUCCGUUCCCUCCUUCAGGGAACGAGGGUUACCAUAUGUAACCAAGACAUUAUUUGGCAGUUCUUAUUUAAAACUUUCUUGUGGUCAAAAGGGUUCAUAUUAGAACCUGGACUACUGUCAAGGUUCCUUUAUGAACCUUUUUAAAAUUGACUGAAGAGAUGUAUUUUGUAAUUAUCUGAGGCCUGUGGUCUUGGAACAUGUUGAUCAUGCACAAAAAUUGAACUUUUUAUUUUUUACAGCUUCAAAAUCAUGCCUUCAAUGCUUGAAUAAUUACAGACUACGCAUAUCAUAAUUGUUCUUAUUUCACCUUUUUUACAUUAGACAUGAUCAAGUGGUGCACACAUCCUGCUGCUUGCACUUCAAAGUGUGUGUGGCAAGCAGGACGAAGCCAAGAGCCGUGAGAAUGGGGAUGAAUGGACUCUCGAGGCGGUGGGCUGGAGUGAGUUGCAAGGGGGACGGACGAACUCGCUGCUGGCCACCUGGGUUGUGGUGGGGCGGCUGCCAUCCAUGAGUGAGUGGAGUCGCCGCCGCUGUUUGCCGAGGCUGGAGCCUGCUGCCGUCCGCCAUGAUGGGGAGGAGCAGGGAAUGGGGGAUUCCUGCCGGCUGCCCGAACCCGGAGGGAGUGGAGUCGCCGCCCCCUUGCAACUCACUCCAUCCCACCGCCUCGAGCGUCCAAGGUGGAAGACUCUGCACAGCCAUGCUCGAUGGCACCGCGGGAGUAGAGCGCAGUCUCGUGGGAACCCCCGGCCUGUGGCAAGCAGGACGAGGCCGUGAGAACAAGGUGAGGCAGGUGGCAUGAUUGAUGAGUGACACCUGCGCACUGCACCGGUCUCGAGUUUCUCAUGGAGGAGCUCUGGGAGCAUAAAAGGAGGAGUGAUGACAGUGACGGACGAGAGAGGACUGUUUUUGUUAUGUUUUGUUUAUGUGUGUGCGACAGUCGUCCGUGAGGGACUGCCGCUUUUACUUUCGUUUUGUUGUUUGUUUAUUUUACAUUAUAUUAAAGUGUUGAACUUG